CAGCCGACUCGGCCUCACCAAACCAACCCAUGAGCUCUCCACCGGCUCUCCUCUCUUCGCCAGCGGCGCAGCAGCUGCCGCCGUGGCGCCCUCACCGCCGCCGUCUCGUCCCCCGACCAGCCUGCGCUUGGAGGUCAUCCCUCAUCCUAGCGCAUCGCUCCGGGGCGCCCUACCGUCCGCAGCCGCAGCCGCGCCUCGUGCCUGCGCAGUCGCAUCCUCCUCCCCCGCUCCCCGCCGCUGGCGCCGUCCGGAGGGACGCGGAGACGGGGCUCGCCCUGCUUCUCGUCGUUCUCGCUGCGGUGAUGAGCUGCUUUCUGUCAUUGACGAUCUUAUCGUUUACAGCAUGCAGAGCUCUGCAUAAAUUGGAAACAGCAGCAAAUAAGUUAGCAAAAGUAGUGGCAGAAGAGGCACCUGGAACUCUGUCUUCACUAAAGCUAUCCUUCUUGGAGAUAAAUGAUUUAACUAGCCAACUAAAGAACCUUAGGAAGAGGCUCACAAUAAGUAGAUUUUGGAGCUACCGGACUGGAUAGCCAAAAUAUGGGAAUACAUGAAUAAUUCUUCAAGUGAGAUGUCAGUCCUGAGCUUAUUAUUCAUCCUAAAAUUCCUGAUCAAAUGAUACAUGCUUCUGACAGUAGCAUAAACAUGAACAAUUGAACAUCAUAAGCCUGUUGGAUGUUCCUUCAAAAAAAAAAACUGUUGGCUGUUGCAGUACCCAGUACCUUCUGUUUGGCAAAUAUGCUACGAUACAAGUAACAAAUUGUACUCUGAACCCGAAACUUUCCACAAAGGGCAGACUUUGUUGAUUA